CCGGUGCUGCUGGGCAAGCAGGCCAUAGACGACGACUGCAACCAGACCGGGCAGAUGCUGGCGGCGCUGCUGGACUGGCCGCAGGCGACGUGCGCGUCGUCGCUGUCGCCCGAGGGCCCCUGGCUGCGGGUGCAGCGCGAGGUGGACGGCGGCCUCGAGACGCUGCGGCUGCGGCUGCCGGCGCUGGUCACGGCCGACCUGCGGCUCAACGUGCCGCGCUACGCCACGCUGCCCGCCAUCAUGAAGGCCAAGAAGAAGCCCCUGGAGCAGGUGACGCCCGAGGAGCUGGGCGUGGCGCUGGGCGGGGGCCCGCGGGUGCUGGCGCUGGCCGAGCCCCCCCCCCGGCAGCCGGGGCGGCUCCUGCCGGGGGUCCCGGAGCUGCUGCACGAGCUGCGCCAGCGCGGCCACCUCUGAGGG